AUGGCAUCGUCUACAUUUAACUUCGACGAGUUGGCAAAAGAAGUCCUCUCCUCCCAAAAGCAAGAAGAGAUGAAGACGGAUAAGGAGACAAAAAAGGAAAACGACGACGACUGGCAAAACCACCCGAUGUUUUGGGAAAAAGGCGAAAACGGGAACUGCGAAGAUUGGUUCGACGAAAACUCGGACGAGUUUCAAGCGUUGAAAGCGUUGUUACACGACGAUGAUGAUUUGACAAUAAAAGAAAAAGCGGAGAUGCAAAAGCAGAAAGGAAACGCGCGGUUGAAAUAUAAGAUGCAGAAGAUGUACGCGAGGAAAGCGGUGGAGGAAUACACGCUCGGGAUUGCCUUGUGCGAGGACGCUUUAAAACAAGGAGGGCGGCUUUUGGUGGAAAACAAAAUUGAAGAAGACAAAGAAGAAUUGAAAGAAGACAAAGAAGAAGACAAAGAAGAAGAGAAAGAACGAGAGAGGAAAGAGAUUCAAACGAUUCUCUCGCAAUUAUAUAACAACAGAGCGUUCGCGGCGUUGAAUUUAGGAAACAACAAACGGUGCAUCGAAGACGCGGAGAAAUGUUUAGAGCUCGACGAGAGGAACAUCAAGGCGUAUUUUCGAGCGGCGACGGCGUGUAAAAAUUUGUUCGAUUACGAGCAAUGUUUGAAGUUUUGCAAGAGAGGCUUAGAGGUGGAAAAAGACGCUCCGGAAUUGAAAUCGUUGAAGAAAGUAGCUAAAAAACGAUACGAGAUGGAAAAGGAGGAAAAAGAGAAGAGGUUAGAGAUUAAUCGAGGCUCGGAGGUUUUGGCGAAAACGUUGACGCGGACGAAGAAAAUCAAGUGGGGGCCGCCGAGAUUACACACCGGGCAAAGGUUACCAGAGUACGACGAACAGGCGAACGUGUUUGCGUUUUUCACGUUAAUCGUGUACCCAGAAUUCGAUCAAACCGACGUCAUUCAGCAGUUCAGAGAGAACGAUAGCUUUAAAGCGCACUUGGACGUCCUGUUCGAUCCGAACGGGCCUCCGUUACCGUGGGACGAAAAGAAUGAAUACGACAGAAAUUCAGUCGGGUUAUAUUACGAAACGAACGCGGUGAAACCAUACGAAGAGGAAGCGCUGGCGAUGAAAAUUGCCGAAUACGCCGGUGGCGACGUGAAAGAAACGAUGAUGCAAAGCGAAUUAGAGCUGAACUUGGAAGCGCACAGAACGGAUCCGAGAGAUAGAAAAUUCGUCCAGUUGAAAAGCGAAAACUGGACGCUCGCGGACGUCUUGAAAGAGAAAGAUUACGUCGUCAGCGGUCACCCAACUUUGUUUUGCGUGGUUAAAGGCAGCGCGUUCGAGAAGAGGUUUUUGGAUGGACAGUGGACGUAUUAA